AUGGAAUCUAAACCUGAAAAGACCAUCCUCGAAGCCUACAUGGGCCUAUACAUGAGAGUAUCAAGGAACCAUAGCACUCUUGAAGAGCUUGUUGCAGCCUAUCCAUCAUUGAAGGAAAAGAGCCUUUCUUGUCCCUCCGCGCUGACUGGUGAAGAGCGGCGUAUAUUUCUCGAUUUUCCUGAUGUGGAUAUGGAGACAGCGAAUAUCAGAGCGGCGACAGCUCUUUCGCGUGCGGAGUUGAUUGAGAAAGCUGUUGCGGAUCCGAACAGCCUCACGCAAGAAGAAACACUGCUGCUUUUAGCCAGGUUCUGGACGCCUGAGACAGAUGCGGAGCGCGUGGUGAUCUGGGAACUCCUUUGUGAAACGGAAGAAAUAAUCAUGGGAGAAGAAGAAGCAUCAUUUGAAGCAUAUUGA